CACACACACACACACACACACACACAGUGCAUGUUUGCAACGAUCAUAACUUCGUAUGCUGACACGUGUGAUGUGUGUGUGAUUGGGGGUCGUAAUACAUGAGGAGCAAUGACGUGCGAGUCGUGAGGUAGUUUUUCAUGUCUAUCCAGGUGCGGGAGACGUUCCUUUCUCAUCAGGAAAACAUAUGUGUAAAUUUCCGGGUCGACGUGGCUCAUUCGGCGGAGAGGAAGCGGAGCGGAGUGUGGAGAGCAGGAGUCACCGUUAACUGAGGUGGUGAAUAUCAAGUGAAAUAGAAAGUAAUGAAAAGUGGUAUAGACGAAAACGACAUGACAGUAUUGGUGCAAGAAGAUGUAGAAACAGACAUCUGUCUCGGUACAGCUAAGAGGCUUCUCCCGCCACCCACCACCACCACCACCACCACCACUAGUCCUGACAGCACCUUGACAUUACGCAACAUUUCCCUGGACAGGCAGUCUGACCUGCGGCGGUCGUGGCCACUCAUCUUGGCUUUCCUGGGGACGGAGAUGGUGAAGCAGCUGAGUAACUAUGCGGCGACGCAGAAUAACGACGAUGUCUCUCCCAUGCCCCCAGUGCUGCUGGUGCUGCUCACUGAACUGACCAAGCUGGUGCUGGUGCUUUGCUGGGCUGUGAUGAACAGGUCUAGGAUGGGUAAGUGGACGCCCUCCCUCAGGUUUGGGAUUCCCGCCGCCUGCUACCUGGCCACCAACGUACUGUACCUGCUGGCCCUCAGAAGCACCGCCCCGCCCCUCUGGCUCAUGCUUAUCCAAACCAGGACCUUCUACACCGUCGCUAUCUAUCUUGUUGUGUUUGGGCGGGAGGUGUCCUUGUGCCAGAUAAUGGGCUGCCUCCUGGUGGUGGCCAGCCUGCCACUGGCUCAUGCAAGUGAGCUACAAGAAGGUCGUCCCGCUGUUCUCCCUUCUGUCCUCGUGGCCUCCCAGGCAGCAGCCUUCAUAUCUACCAUGGCCUCCAUCGUCAUUGAGCUCCUGCUUAAGAACGACUCCCGGAGCUUCUGUGAGCAGCAGACGUGGCUUUACUGCUGGAGCGGCUUGAUGGCCGCCAUUAGCCUGACCUUACAGGCCCCGCCCAUGGACUUCUCCCACCUCAACCUGCAGGUGUGUGUGUGUUCCCCGUCCACGUGGUGCUGCGUGCUGGCCGUGGUGUCCUCAGCGGUGUCUGGCCUGUGUGUCCCCGUCAUCGUCAGGAGUUUGGACACCAUUGCCAAGGACUACCUCGCCGCGCUAAACAACGUGUUGUUGGCCCUGCUGACUGCUGCCAUCUUCCCUCGCCAUUUCACCCUCAGCGGCCUCUUCUUCCUUUCCCUGCUGGUUCUGCUGUGUGGCAUCUGGCUCUACGAGAGAAAGACCCUGCCAGUCCCUUCCACUCUCAGCCGCUUCAAGUUCUGAUUCUUGUCAGUGGAACCGUGACAGAAUGAGACGAACAAAAGCCGCUUCUGUACUACUUUAAAAAGGCUCUUGUAGAAGUUGCACGUGUUUUUAAUAAUGUUUUUACUAUUCUAGUGAUAGUUUAAGAAGAUUUCUACAUUAUUAACGUUAUAAACACUCUUGAAAACAUGACUAAUUAACUCUGUGGCCUUUAAAAAAAUAGUGGUGGUGAGAUCAAGGUGCUUCAGAAUAUAAGUCUAGGGAUUGUCUGGCAGCGGGAGGACGGCGAGGAGCAAACAUACUGAUACCCAGCCCAGAAAUUAUUCCCGACUCACACUUGCAACGUGGCACCUUGCUUGCAUUGGUGAAGGACAGACUCAUAGACACUCACUGCGGCAUGAUACAAGUGGAAUGCUAUAGUCUACUCUAAUAUUUUCAUCCACUGUAUCAUAAAAAACGUUAUUAUUUUAUGGGUAACUAAAUUGUAUUUGAUUUAACACUUUUUUUUUUUCGUGUGUGUGUGUGUGUGUGUGUGUGUGUGUGUGUGUGUGUGUGUGUGUGUGUGUGUGUGUGUGUG